AGGAUGCAGAUCUAGGUGCAUUGAGAUUGGCUGUUUUGGCUUCUAUGAAAGCUAAGAAGAAAGAGACAGUUGAACAAGAAGAUGAUGAUGACUUGGCAGCUCUCAGGGAAGCUGCUCUUAAGUCAAAGAAAGAAAAAGAGAAAUCUCUGUCCAAAGAGACCAAUUUAAUUGGCGCUCAUAAUCCUUCACCUCGUCCAAGUGAGGUUUCACCCCAAUCUCGUGAAGCUUCACCCCACUCGCGGGAACCUUCACCUCGACCUCGUAGAUAUGCUCCAACAGGUCGUCCUGGCAUUCCUAUAGUCCCACCUCCUGGGGAGGAUUAUCGCCCACCUCCAUCUCGCUCGGGGCCUGGCCCUGUAUUGAGACAGGAAAAUAAGCCCCACUAUAGACAGGAAGUGACGCCACGUCAUGGGCCUCCCUACAGGCAGGACAUGGCAGCACGCCAACCCCCUCCAUACAGACGAGAAGUGCCAUCACGCUCAGGUUUUAAACAGGAACUGCCAUCACGCCAAGGUCCUGCUUACAGAAGAGGAGUGCCAUCACGUAAAGUUCCUCCCCAUAGACAAGAAAAUACAUCACGCCCAGAAACAAACUUCAAACAGGAUGUGAAGCCACAUUCUCCUUUGAGGUCACAGCCAGCUACAAAACAGCCAAACCCAGUCCUUAAACAGCAAGCAACAUCAUUAAGAGAUGACAAAGCCAAACCAGCACUAAUACGUCCACAAGAUAAAUGGCUAGAGGACACAGUGGGUUCAUCUCAAUCGCCGCAAAAAACUAAAGUGAAGAGUAAAUUUGACCGCUUUGAAUCAAGUUCUGACAGUGAUAGUUCCUCUGACAGUUCAAGUGACUCCGAUGACAAUGCUUUACCAGUGAAACCUGACACUAGUGAGUCCGAGCAUUCAGAUAAUGACAAGAAAGCAGAACCUGAAGUAGAGGGUGAUACAAACAAUGCACGUGAUGAUACUCUUGAUGAUAGUCUCAAUAUAGAUGGUGUAUUGAACUUACUGGAUAAUUCAUUAAAUUCUAUUUUUAACUUAGAUAAUCCAGUGAAAGAUUUAAAAGACAGUGUUGAAGUUAAAAAAGAUACUGAUGUUAAAAAAGACAGUGAUUCUGAUUGGUCAGAAUCUGGACGCUUAAAGUCUAAAAAAUCAUCAAAUGACUCUGGAGCAUUGGCCAACAAGACCGAUCCUCAGACAAACAUAGCAGAUAAGGAAAAAAUUAAAAAAUUGAAGAAAAAGAGGAAAAAGAAAGACAAGAAAAAACAUAAAAAAGAAAUAGACAGUCUCGAUCAAGAUUCUAUUAAAGAGGAUCCUAGUAUUAUAGCAAACCAAUCUAAGGAGGCCUCACUAAGUUCCCUCCAUGAUGGUAAUGAACCAAAAGCAUUACUUGCCAAACGUAAAAGAACUGAAUGGGAUACUAGUUCAGAUGAUGAUCUGAACAAACACACUCAUAUAAAAGCAAGUGACAAAAAAGCAAGUGACAAAUAUAAUGGAAGUAAAAAUCCUAAUAUUCUUGAAGAUAGUGAUAGUGAUUCUGAAUCGGAAUCUAGCCGAUUUAAACAAGUUAAUAAGAAUCCAUCUCAACAUAUAAAAAUUGGAUAUAUUAAUAACAAAAUCAACUUGAAGAAAGGUGCAGGUUUUAAGGCAAUAGACAGUAGCUUAGACAAUGUGUUGCAAGACACCAACAGAAGAGGAGGAAGGAGAGAAAGAGGAGGGCGUACAAGGGAUAGAGUUAGGGGAGGGGGGAGACAGACCAAUGUAUUACCCAAUGUGAAUGUUGAUCCUGAAUGGGAUGCAAGAUCAUAUGCUCCUGAUGGUAACAAGAUUGGAUAUGCUCCUUGUAGUAAUAGGAAGACUGAACAAUGGGAGUCAGAAUCUGACACUGAGGACAAUGCUACCAGCAAGUUAAGUGCUGUAUCCUCUGUCUUGAAGCGUAACAGCCAACAGCCACAUUCAAGUGGAUCGCGAGACUGUAGCCCCUUAAGACCAGUGUUAAGACAGAGAGGUGGGGGAGGCAGGGAGAGAGGGAGAUCCCUGUCUCCCAGUAGGAAUAUAAGAUCCAGACUGGGACCAUCUGAAGGUUCCCCUCAUAGGUCACCAUCUAGCAAUCUACCUGAUAUGAAAGAUUCACCUUCAAAAAUUUCCAUAAGAUCUCGAUUAGGAAUUGAAACUAAAUCCUCAAAAAUCUCACUGAAUAAAACCUCAGAUAAGGCAGGGUCUCAGGAAAAAAGUGCACCUAAAAUAACAUUUGUGUCUUCAUCUGAAUCAAAAGAUAAACAUUUAAGUCAGGAUAAACAUGUUGUUCAAACUGACAGUGAAAGUGAUGAUCAAUCAGAUGCAAGAACAUUGAUUCAGAAACUGAAAACUAAAAAUAAAAAGCAUAAAAGCAGAUCUAAGUCAAAAUCUCGGAGUACUAGUCCAACCAUUCAAAUCACAUUUAACAGAGAUGCUGGUAAUUCAAGCAGCAAAAAGUCCGUGAAAUCUCGCUUGGGGCGCUCCAUUCACGAACGUCUGGGCCUUCCUAUUAUGAAGCAAGAUAGUGACUCUCUAUUGGACAACUUGCAUAAGAAAAAUAAAAAGCACAUUGAUAUCAACUUGCAAUAUAACUCAAACAAUGACUAUAGUAAAAUUGAGAAGCGGGAUAGGGAACAAGGAAAUGAGGAAACUGCUCCGAAAAGGUUGAAAUUAUCUAAUUCCAGUCGUCUUAGGAAACGAAGAACAUCAGAUGACAGGAGAUCAAGAUCUCCGUCUCCUCCUGGUGAGGAACUUGAGAACAGAAUCCGCAAGAUCAAAGUGAAGAAUGAAGCAAUUAUGAGACGAAAACUGGAGAUUGACGAAGACAGAAAAAGAUAUGGCAAAUAGUGAACUAAUUGGAAGACGUCAUCCAGUAAGGCUGAAAUCAUGGAA